UAUAAACGGAGUCUAUGAACUAAAGCAAACGGAGUCGUUUAUUUCAAACACACCUUAGGUGCGUGAAUUAUGGCACCUUUCAUCAUUACAGUUUCCUGUACAGUCACUUUAAGGGAUGCCGUUGCCCUCCGCCUUUGCUUUUGGACUGCCCCAGAAUGACUGACCAGGCUCUUAAGGUCUUAGCUAUCUUCGAGCAUCUCCACGUGGUCAAUGUCGCAGUUUGCGUUCGGUAAGAAACUGCAACUGCAUGGAAUUUUCUGUAAGAAGGGACUUAUGGAAAGAUUAUUGAGGGUUUGGGCAGGGCCGAUACUUUUCCCGGGGGUUGAGUAACGCUAGCCGCCGCGGCGUGAUGUCCGGAAAGGGUCUAGUACUAAGUACCAGACCCCCGUCUCAAAUCUUUCGUCGAGCGGAGAAACGCGCGUCCUGUAGCGCUAAUGAUGAGGCCUUCUCGCAGGUGAUAAUGCCAGUUGAUGCAUAAAUUAGGUCUGAGGCGUUUCAUAUUUUCUCACUUGAAUCGCAGUUCAUUGACCAAGAACGGAAUCGAGUUGUCGUGGAUGCAUAUGCCGGCCUACUUUACCCAGUGGUCUUUUCGGUCUGCCUACUUGCCAUUUUUAGACUGGGCCGAGGAAUCUCGUUUCCAUGGUGCGUAAAUAGCAAAAUGGCGGCUUCCCUUCAAGUCACAAAGUCAGUUCACUUUUUAUUGCUUAAAUCAUGACUUCUCUCAAGAAUUGUGACCCGCAGUUAAGACGAUAUUUGCUUGUGCAUCGGCUUCCUGAUAUAUUUGAGGCUAUUGUCAGUGCUUUAGCUGUCAACUGCCCAAGGGAUCCACAGGCAUUUAUUCUUGAGAAAUUAAAACUCAUCAUAAAUUAUGAAGAGGUCCUGGAUGAUUUGCGAUGGGAUUCUUUUAUUGAUCAGAAAAAUCGUCCCAAGAAUAGAGUGGUGAAGGCUUCAGUUUUGGAUUUUCUGUGGUCAUAUGAAGAUGAAAAUUCACAGCCAACUCCUGAAAUGUACCAAAAAGCCUACAACUUGUACAAUGUUAAACUGAAGAAAUCAUGUUUCAGUGCCUGGAUGCGUUAUCACAAGUACAUGAGGAGAAAGAAAGCUUUAUUGGCCAAGAAACUAGAGAAUGCUCAGAUUUGGCAUCAGCGUAGAGUACAAAGAAUUCAUCUUGAAUAUUGGAUUGCAUGGGUUUCUGAGAGAAAGGAGAGGCAAAAUGUGAUCUCCACAAGGAUCCGCAGAGUCCUUGCAAUCUCAUUGUUGCGUGUGGUGUUUGAUGCAUGGCAUAGUGUUGCUGUGGACGCCAGGAAGACAAAGGAGUAUUUUGAGUGCAACAAAUAAAGUAGCAGCCAACGUUAUCCACAAGUGCCGUCCAUUUCUGGGGCAUUUGAAUCUUCGCGGAUGUUACAAUUUAUCGAGUGAAAGCAUCAAACUUACUGCUCAGUGCAGAAAUCUGCAAGAUCUUAACUUAUCAGAAUGCUCAGGGGUUACG